AGUCUUCGAGUAGCUAUUUGCGCCACGAGACGUAUAGCGUUGAUCUCUGCGCUUUUCAAAUGAAUUUUUGGUGAACAGCAGUAAAAGUGAAAUUUUUUAACGAGAAAACAUUUCUUUCUGCGAGAAUAAAAAAGUGAAAGACAGUUUAAACGUGCCAUUGGGAAUUUAUAUUACAUCUCUAACCAAGACCAGUUUACACAGGCAAAAAUGGAUAUAUUAGCAUCAAUUUUGUCCACUUUCGCCAAAUUUGUCCUACGCAAUGUGGACGAAACCAUGAGUUGGAUCAUUCGCAGAAUGUUGCGAGGGGCAAUUGUUAUCUUGAGCUGGUUCGUCAUUCCAUACAGCUGGAUGAAGACAUUGAGGAUAUCACGUCAAAAAAUUCCACCCAUGUCCACCAAUAUUCUGGAAAUUCCAGCUGUAGAUCUUGCCCAAAUGAUACGCACAAGGCAGAUCAAGAGUGAACAUGUGGUAAAGGCAUAUAUUGACCGCUGUAGGCAAGUCAAUCAUCUGCUCAAUGCAAUCGUUCAGGAUCGCUUCGAUGAGGCACUCUUGGAAGCUAGAGCUGUGGAUGAUUUUCUCUCUAGCACAACAAAAUCCGUGGAAGACAUUGAGCGAGAAACGCCUCUUUUGGGUGUCCCUGUUACUGUGAAGGAGAGCAUAGGUCUCUGUGGAAUGUCUAAUCAAGCGGGACUUCGUUAUGAAAAUCGCCGUAUUGCCAAGGAAGAUGCUCCAAGUGUGGCUCAAGUACGAAAAAAUGGAGCUAUCUUUCUUCUCGUCAGUAACACUCCCGAACUCUGUAUGUUCUGGGAGACAUUCAACAAAGUCACGGGCCAGACAAAAAAUCCCUAUGAUUUAAAACGUACUCCAGGCGGUUCCAGUGGUGGAGAAGCGAGUCUUCUGGGAGCUGGAGCGACCUUACUUAGCCUUACCUCUGACAUUGGUGGUUCAGCUCGCUUGCCAGCAAUGUUCACUGGAGUGUUUGGACAUAAACCCACUCCAUUCCUCGUCUCCCCUUAUGGACACGUGCCCACAAGCGGCGAUCCACGAUGGGGAGAUUACUUCACAAUUGCUCCAAUGACCAGAUACGCUGUAGAUUUACCUCUACUGUUGAAAUGCAUGAGAAAUCCUGAAGGACCCCCCGUGGAUAUAGACAAAGCAGUGGAUGUGAAAAAAAUUAAUUAUUACUACAUGGACAAUGAUGGACCUUCAGGACUCACACGACCCCUCACAUCCGACAUGCAGGAAGCUGUUAUUCGAGUCGCAAGGCACUUCAAUGCCCAAAAAGUACACAUUGACCUCCUAAAAUGGUCAUUUGACAUCUCCAUCUCACAGUUAUUGCGAAUAAAGGACAUUGAGACAAUAUACAAUCAAUCCUGGGAGGAUGAAAAGAGUAAAAAUCUCUCAACAGAGUGGAUAAAGUACCUCUUUGGUUGUUCCAAUCAUAUCUUCAGUUCCGUUUUGAUUGGAUAUCUGCAAAAAUUUGUUAAAAGUCUUCCAGACAGGCGUCACAAGCAACUUGAAGAAAUUGCCAAUGAACUGAAAAAUCAUUUUGUCCAACUAUUGGGCACAAAUGGGGUCUUUAUCUAUCCCUGCUUUCCCACCAGUGCGCCACAGCACUACAGAAUCUUCCAUAAACUUCUCGACACGAGCUACAUGAUGGUCUUUAACACAAUCGGAUUGCCUGUGACUAGUGCCAUGGUAGGCAUGGACAAGGACAAUCUCCCAAUCGGUGUACAGAUUGUAGCAAGUCCUCAGCAGGAUCACCUCUGUUUAGCUGUAGCUAAGGAACUUGAGCGUGCUUUUGGUGGUUGGAAGAAACCACCACAGUCAAACUAGUUUAUCCCAGUCAGUGCUGUGCAUCAGGCUGCGGUUAAUGUGGAUCUCUCCAAUCGGUACAUAAACAUGACCAUGAAUACUUUUCUCGGUUAUACUGGUACAAUGCCUCAAAUUGAUAUUACAGUAGACUCUCUCUCAAUUGGGCAUUUGGGGCGAAAUGUCAUCCGGUUUAUCGAUAGAUUUGGGUGUCAAAGCCUUUGUAAAUUGCACAAAAAUCGCUCAAUUAUAAAGAAUCACGAUAAAAUAGGAAGAACUACAGAGAAUUUGAGCAAAUUAGCUUCAUAAUUAAACAUGAAAAUUGUCAACUAAAUUUUUCGCCCGAUUGAAAAAGAGCCGAUUGAGCGAAAGUCUACUGUAUAUACAACAAUUUUGAAAUUUUAGUUCGAGUUAUCAUGCAGUUUUUCCAAGUUUUUUCAUUAAGGCAGAAUAAUUGGGGAAAGUGAGCUAUCUUCGGUCAAUUUAUGCUUCGAAUAAUUCAUUUUAUUUUCAACAUUUUCAAUAUGUUAUAAAUUAAUAUGGCCCAUUGUAAUAUUAUAUUUUAAUAGCUAGUCCUAUGCCUCAAAUUUUCAGAAAAGAGCUAUGGGUGAAAUCCAUAAGGAACAUAGAGAAAAAAAUUGAAUUGUCCGAAGCUUGAGUCGUCAGAAGAUAAUGCACUUUCUCCUAGUACAAUUAACUAUGAAAACGAUAUUUUGCCACAAAGAUUUCCUAUUGUACCCGUAAUAGGCCAAACAAUUUCUUCUGCUCAAGGGAUUAUCAAAGCUCUGAUGUGAUUCUACUGAACCGAUUUCAAUAUUUUACUAAGAUAAAAUGAAAGGUCUUUUAACACCCGACAAGCCUCCAUAAUAAAUUAGGAUCGUAAUACUGUCACUACAGCAUCUGUUUUAAUUAAUGUUUUAGAAAAUAUAAAAAAUAAAUAAGGUAUUAUUUGCGUAAAAGAAUAUAUAAUAAUCCCAUAAACUAUUUUAGUUUCAUACCGACUUCUUAUUAGCUAGAAUUUUGAACGUAUCCAAGCUGCCAAUAUGAUAGAACCAGGGAAUGAUGGGGUAAUUUCAGAAAUGCAUAAUUUUCGAAAUAUAAAGCUUUGAAAUAAUAAAUUACAAGAAAAACUUUGUACAUUUUCAAAUAUCCGAACAUACUCAAGAGAAAUUAUUUUAGACUUACUUAAUAUUAAAAGCGGUUAAAAGCGUUUGACAAACCAGUCUUAAAAAAUCAGCAGAAUUUUCUAGAAUAAGAUAUUUCAAUUUCAUUACAUUCUUUUUAAUUGGUUAAAGUUGGAACGUCUUCACGGCUUCUACUAAUUUAAGAAUGUGAUGAGAAUAAAAUAUUACAUUCGAUUAAACAUUUAGGAACUUGACAAAAUUUAAAUGAAAUACUUAAGGAAGAUUCAAAUUCUCAAUUAAAAAUAAUUGAAUUGCAAUUCUUGAAAAAAAAGAGAUUUAUUUGCAGAAAUUUAAAACCCCGAAAAGCCAAAAUGCCAAAUGGGCUUAAUAUGGAAAAGCUAAAAUUCCGAAUGGGUCAAAAUCCCGAAAAACAAAAAUCUCAAAUGCCACAAGCCUGAACGCCAAAAUUCCGAAAUCCAAAAUCCCGAAACCAAAAUUCAGAACGCCAAAAUCCCGAACAUCAAAAUACUGAAGGCCAAAAUCCUGAAAACCAAAAUCCCGAACGCCAAAAAUCCGAAAGCCAAAAUCGCGAAUAUUUAAAAGUGUCAUACCCACUCCCAGGAUUGCACCUGCACUUACUGGCGGCAAAGGGAAAUUUUCUGUUUUCCACACAUUUCGUACCUUUUACGAUUUUGGCUUUUCGGGAUUUUAACCUGCACCGUUUUAUAGAUUUUGGUAAAUAUAAUAAAAUUUCCAAACACAGAAAA